UCAGCCCGCUAGUCGCAACUUUUUAAAACCGUCCCACACUGAGCAGGUCGAGAUGGACUGUUGACGCUGGAUAAACUGGUGGAAUUAAUGUGUCAGGUGUAAAUUAACUAAACCUCUUUUGAAACCAUACUUGGACAUCUUAUAAAAAAUUAUUUCGCUGAUUUCCUUCAUCAAUUUGAGGCCGUGUUGGAAAGACCAGAGGCAUCUGCAAAACGUGCCUUAAGACGUGCAACAGUGGCUUGGCUAACUAUGCCGCUCUAUCACGAGGAACAAGUUUUUAACAAAAUGUAACAAAACUUUCGGUUCCUGGAUAGCACUGCAAUUUACUGUUUAAAACGGCCAUGGAUUAUUUUCGUUCGGCAAGAAACGGACUUACUUUACGCUUUGCGAUGCCUGGAAGUAUCAGGGACUAAAACUCUGUUGGAGAAUAAAGUUGGAAACCAUAGCAAUUGGCAUUUACUAUGGGAGAGUCAGCGUGCGAAUGGGAAUAUAACGUUAGCUCUCUGAAAAGAUAUGGUUCUUCGGCAAGAUUAUUGUACGCUCUCAAGUAGGCGUUUUGUCAAAACUUUUCCUUUAUCUUUACCAGAGACAGUAUUUGCGUCCUAAAGCAAUUCAAGCAAAUAAGUGAACGCAGCUAUAACCUCAACAAGUUAUCAACAUGAUUUCAGAGGAACGGAGUAACCACAUCGCCAAGCAAGCCCUCAGUUUUCCUGUGGGUUUGUUGAUCCGCUCACCAAAAAGACGCCUGGCCAAGCUCGGAAGAAAGUCCAGCAAUGGCUCAGUACAAUCGAACACCUCUGACAGCACCACGCGCUCACUGGAGAGCUCCACAGGCGUGCGGCAGCCGGCCAAGAACAAAAUCCGUCGCCACAACAACCGGCUUUCCACCGUGUUCAACCGCAGCCCUCUCCUCCGGGACAGCGGGAGCAGGAGCCUGGGCGGGCCAGAGGACGGGAGCCACCCCAGCGUGGCCGACGACCCCGCCGAGCUGUCCAGCCAGACGUCUGCACCGGGGAUCCUGAAAAUCUUCGGCAGCGACAUCUGCCAAGGCACCAACUACAAGAGCGUGCUGGCCACGACUCGCUCUAGCGCCAAGGAGCUCAUCAAAGAGGCCCUGGAGAGGUACUGCCUGGAGAAAGAAGACGUGGCUGACUACGUGCUCUGCGACGUGAUUGGCCAGACUGGUGCCGACCACCAGUGGAAGACUGAGUGCCUCCGGGUCGUGGGGGACCACGAGCGGCCACUCAUGCUGCAGGCGCUGUGGAAACCAAAACAGGGCCUGUCCAGGCGCUUCGAGAUCCAAAGGAGGGUCACUGUGGAGGAGCGCAGCGCCCGGGAAACUGACAACGUCACCGCAGGCCUCAAUGCCCAGGCCCGGAAGCUGCAGCGCGGGCGCUCGCGCGUCACCUCCCUGUUCGUGGACGGCAGCGAGGGCGAGGUCGACGGGCCGCCCAUCUGGAGAAGCCUGAGCGACAUGGACGUGUCGGCCAUGGGCCAGGAGGCGGGCCGUGUGCGACGGGCCCUCGGGGUCCCCCGGGGCCCCAGUGCAGCAGUGACCCCCCCGGAGAGCCCUGGGAUGCUGGAGAGCCCCGAGGCCACGGAGGCGGAGGUGGACGCGGAGGCACGGAGCCUGCGCACGGAGAAGGAGGAGACGGAGAGCAGCGACGACAACAGCACGCAGUACUCCAUCCAUCCACCCUUCGACUUCCCCUACUUCCUGCUACUGCAGGGCUACAGUUACAGACAGGACUUUGUCAUCUACCUAAUGAGUGGGAGCAGCUGUGUGUUUGGCUGCUGCGCUGAGCACCGCCAGGGCGAGGAUGAGGAGCGGCUGAAGGUGGAUGUGCUGCUCUUCGCCCCGGACGUGCUGCCGCAGCACUGUCGCGUGCGUCGCCAAGAUGACGUCCGCGACGACAACGGCAGCGAGGGCAACGGCGGCAGGCGCAGCCUCAUCAUGCUGGAGCCCAUCCAGGGGGCGGCGGUGACCCACAACGGCGUGCCCCUGAAGCACGAGGCGCUCCUCAGCCCCGGAGACCUGGUGGGCCUGGGCCAGCAUUACCUCUUCAUGUUCAAGGACCCCACGGCCUCCGACGCCCCGCGCACCCCGGCCUGGAUCACCUGGCUGUGCCCGGCCAGCGAGGCCUCUGAGGGGGGGCCCAGGAAGGCGGGCAGGGCCCUCAGCGUCAGGGGCAGGAGGAGGCUGGGGAGGCCGCUCCUGCACUGGAGGGACCUGGAGGGCCGCGAGCUCUGCCUGUUGUACGCUCUGCCUCAGGAGGACCGGCUCCUGGAGGAGAUCCUGGUGGCGGUGGACCCGGCGGGCGAGGAGCCCAAGCUCACGCCGGCCUUCCUGCUGUGCCUGUGCAUCCAGCACUCGGCUGCCCACUUUAAGAUGGCCGACCUCCGCCGGCUGCUCCUGCACAUUGCCAGCCAGAUCCAGCUGGCUAUGUGGGAGAGAACCAAAGAAUUGGCCGUCAUCCAGCCAGACAGGGGCUCCAGUGUGGAGCCGGAGGAGCCGGACGAGGUGCGGCCACUCGGCAUGGUCCAGCUGGUCCCAGGCCUGCAGCCGCUGGUGCUGUGGAUGGCCAACUCCAUCGAGCUGCUGCACUUCAUCCAGCACGAGGUGCCCCUGCUGCUGCCCUGGGGUCAGAACAGCGCGCCGCAGGAGGGGGGGGAGCACACGGAGGACGAGCAGGAGGGCCAGCACGGCACAGGCCUCUCCGACUCCCAGAUCCUGUCCACUCGCACGGCCAGCGAGGAGGCCAUGACCGUGCUGGAGGAGGUCAUCAUGUUCACCUUCCAACAGUGUGUCUAUUACCUCACCAAAAGCAUGUAUGCAGCGCUGCCCGGGCUGCUGGACAGUAACCCGUUCUCGGAGAGCGGUCAGCUGCGCGUGCCGGCAGGCGUGAGCGCCGUGCUGGAGGUCCUGCAGGGGGCGCUGCAGCUGCUGCAGGCCUUCCAGGUGCACGGCCAGAUCUCCUCACAGCUGCUGGCCUACCUGUUCUUCUUCACCAACGCCUCGCUUUUCAACACGCUCAUGGAGAGAGGUUCUGGGGGCGGGUUCUACCAGUGGUCCCGCGGGGUUCAGAUCCGUGCCAACCUGGACCUGCUCAUGGACUGGAUCCAGGGGACUGGGCUGGGGGAUCUUGCCACAGAAUAUUUCCAGAAGCUCUCCUCCGCCGUCAACCUGCUGGCCACCCCCAAGGAGAACCUGCUUCAGGCGUCCUGGGCAUCCCUGAAGGCAGAGUUCCUGCACCUGAACCCUGCACAGCUGCACCACAUGUUGAGGGAGUACAACCCGGGCAGGGCCUGCCCCUCCAGCUGGAGCCCCACGCCGGACCACGCCGAGGCCGCGCUCAGAACCAGUGACAUCCUGGAGAGUUUUGACAACCACCCACCCCUCAUCCUGCCCAGCCACACGUUCCACCUGGAGCUGGGGAAGCCCGUGGUGGAGCCAGGCCUCUAUCAGCAGCUGCAGCGCAUACAGGACUUCCUCCGCACCCUCCCCGACAACGACCCCCCCGCCGGCUCACAGACUGCAGAUGAGCACCAGUCUCUGACCUCUUCCUCCAUCGCCGAGUCCCAGACCUCCCUAGCCUCCUCCCCCUCGUCCUGGUCAGAGGCCCACCGCCGUGCCGUAUACAGGGACACGUCUGACUCCCAGACCCGGGGCUCCCACAGCGACCUGAGCUCCUGCGAGGCCGGGCUGCUCACACAGAAGCUGAAGAGCCUGGAGCUCCAGAGCUGCCUGUCUGGCGAGGCCGGACUAGGCCUCCACAAGAGCCUGGCCCUGGACCCGUCCUGCCUGCUCACCCCGCCCAACACCCCACAGAACAUGGAGCAGGCCGAGCUGGAGGCCAGCCUGCAGGAGGGGGCUCAGCACAACGCCCGCCACCGGAAAGGUGCUGUGGACCAGCGGAAGGUGAGCAGAGAGGAUGAGGAGGAAGAGGAGAGAGAGGAGGUGUUCACCGUGGAGCUGAAGAGAGGCCCCCAUGGGCUUGGGCUUGCCCUGGUGGAUGGCAUGAAAACCCCCCUGAGAAUGAGCGGCAUCUACAUCAAGUCAGUGGUGCCCGACUCUCCUGCCGCCCAGUGCCAGAAACUGAGGCUGGGCGAUCGCAUCCUGGCAGUGAACGGAGUGAGCCUGGUGGGGAUGGACUACCACACAGGCAGAGAGCUGAUCCGCACGUCUGGAGACUCGCUCCGGGUACUGGUGGCCAAGACAGAAGCCAGAUCCAGUGGCAGAAGCUCUGUGACAAAGUGCUGAAGCAGAGGGUAAACGACACACACUAAAUGGACAUGACGCCAUUGCAGCCACCUGAAGGCUUUUCUAACUCUCUGACAGAUGGGCUCAUUCUGAGUCUACGAAAAAGACAGAGACGCUCUCUGAGUCUUUCUGAGUUUAUUUGUUCUUUUCAUGUUCCUGUGUUCUUUCCACAAAAAAAAGUAUGCAUCUCGUAAACCAAACAACUGAGAAAUCCAAACAACCCGACUCUUUUUGUUGUUGUUUUGAGGAGGACGUGUGUUUGGCUAUCAGCACCGAAGAAAGCAAUCCCAGCAAUUUCAGACCCAAAACUUGUACUCUGUAAAAGCCUCACAGUGCUGAUGAAGACAGGCUAUCUGUGGAAACCCUUUCUUUGGGGCCUAUUUAAGGUCAUGUGGUAUGGUAAUGGUAAGCACAUUUUGCAAUCCUCUUUACCAUCCUCAGCAGAGGCCCAGUGGUGCUGGUCAGGUGAAGAUGAAUGUGGUGGAUGAAGACGCUUGCGCUGCUGGGCUAUUUAAGGACAGCUAAGGUCACUUCCACUCCGACUGGCAGAAGAGCAGCAUCCGGACUUCCCUCUCGCCAGACCUCAAAUCCUAUAAUAACCCUCAGCGUAUCCAAACAUGUACCAAAUAUUACGAGAGGCGAAAUUUUUUGGGGGAUUUCACUAUGGCAGCCAUCUGAACACUGUUUUUACCGUCCUUUUUAAAAUAAAAGGUUGUCUAUCCCUUGUCCAGUGGCUUUCGGAAACGCAGAAGUUAAAAGAUACGUCAAUGACUGAGACCACAUCCAGCCUUCGGAGAAGCCCCCAAAUGAUGACCGUUUCUUCUUAUGCCCCCUUUAGUACCAGUUCAACAGUGUUAUUGUUAUUGUUUUAUGAUCAACAAAGAAAAGUGUUCGGUUAUUAUUUUUUUGUAAGAUUUGUAUUCUUAAAUGUAUUUAAUAAAUAUUAUUUGGAAAUUAAAAGCAAAA